UGAAGCUGAAGGAGCGCGCGCGCUGGGGCGGUUCGGGGUUCUGCUCUCUUCUUUUGGACAUUGUGGUCAGAAGUGGUUCGGUUCGGUUCGGUUCUGGAGCUUCCCCAGCCUUUUCUUCGUGCCACUUUCGAGCAGUCUGGCUGUCGGUGAGGUUUAUUCCCCGUGAGGACUGGCAUGGCUUGUGCAUCCUGACGCACGCGCGCGCCCUCCUGCCCUCCGUCCUGCCCGCCCGCGCGCGCGUCCUGGAGACCCUCUGCCCCCCCGUGUGAAGAUGUCCGGGUGGAGUCCGGUCCACACCGCACCCGCCGAGGCUUAUGGAAUAUAGCCUGCUCCGCGCGCACCAUCCGUAUGCUCUGCCAGCGAGUCCGGUGAGGCGGAAGCUCGCGCUGUUCGGCAUCAUGCUCGCGCUGUGGCUCUACGUGCUGUACUCGUGCGUGGGCUCGUGCGCCACCGUGCCGAGUUUACGCGCAGACCGGCGCCGCACCGAGGACCCCGCGGGCUUCAGGUCGGGAGUCGGGUCCCGGUUAGUUGCACGAGCGCGCGCCUGGGAGGACGACGAGCAGACGAGCGUCGGGCUGUUCUCUAGAGACUUGAACAACGUCAAGACCGACGACGGACCGGAUGCCAGGACGCUUCCCCGAGAUGCCCUGAUGAACGGCAACGAGGCCGAACCGGAGCCGCGGGGGGGAGACGCAGGAGCAGAGCGCCGGUCCCCGGUGCACAGCGGCGGCUUGUCCACCUUCUCCAACGGCUCCGGGACCAAGCGGCUGCCGCAGGCCAUCAUCGUCGGGGUGAAGAAAGGCGGCACGCGCGCGCUGCUCGAGUUUCUCCGCGUGCACCCGGACGUGAGGGCGGCGGGAGCCGAGCCGCACUUUUUCGACCGUUUCUAUGACAACGGCUUGGAGUGGUACAGAGACCUGAUGCCCAAGACCCUGGAGGGCCAGAUCACCAUGGAGAAGACGCCCAGCUACUUUGUGACCCGUGAAGCUCCAGCUCGGAUCUGUUCCAUGUCACGUUCCACCAAACUCAUCGUGGUGGUGAGGGAUCCAGUCACCCGGGCAAUCUCGGACUACACACAGACACUGUCCAAAAAGCCAGACAUUCCCUCCUUCGAAAGCCUGACUUUCAAAAACAGGACUACGGGCCUUAUCGACACCUCAUGGAGCGCCAUCCAGAUCGGCAUCUACGCCAAGCACCUGGACAACUGGCUCCAGUUCUUUCCCAUGCACCAGAUCUUGUUCGUGAGCGGUGAACGGCUGAUCAGCGACCCAGCUGGAGAGCUUGGCCGUGUACAGGACUUCCUGGGCCUCAAGAGGAUCAUCACAGACAAACACUUCUAUUUCAACCAGACCAAGGGCUUUCCAUGCCUGAAGAAGGCUGAAGGAAGUAGCAAGCCUCAUUGCCUGGGCAAAACCAAAGGCCGAACACACCCCAAUAUCGACCCUGAGGUGGUGCAGAGGUUACGAGACUUCUACAGACCCUUCAAUAUGAAGUUCUACCAGAUGACUGGACACAACUUUGGUUGGGAUUGAAAGUGAACUCCAAAAACUGAAACCUAUUUGUGUUUGAAAUGACAAGAGAUGUGACAAUUGCUAUCUAUAUAUAUGUAAAUGUACAGAAAUCUAUUUUAUAAUAAUUUAUUUUUUAAUUUUUAAGCAAUUAAUUCACUAAGCUGCCUAACCAUAUUUGUACAGCGCAUCUGGCUCACAUUUACACCCCUGUCCCACAACAUUCCUACUCAACCCCCCCAACACCAUCUUUUAUUAUUUUUUUUUGAAUGGUUGGAUCAGUAGGCCUAAUUGCUACUCACAGUGCCCUUGAUUCAUGAAUAUUUUGCUCGGAUAUAUAUAUAUUUUUUUUUCUACCAACACGCACUAUGAACGGGCAUUUUAUCAGUGGAGCAAUCGUACGGUGGACUACACUGCGGCAACGUGUCAUUAUGCUAAUUCCGUAACAUAUGAACCUGAUUAGAUCUCUCGGGUCUCAUUGCAUCUUGGGAUAAUGAGGUGAACCAGAUUGGGUCAGUGCCAGAGAUACUGUCAUGCAGGUGGUGUGAUGUGAUCUAAAGUGCAGUCGGAAGAUACUGUGGUUCCUCAAGCGCAAGAUCUCGAAGUGGAUCGGACCAAUCGGCACUCUAUCUCCUCCUUUUCAGGGUUGAUCUCGAUUGAUUUCUUGUUGCCAAAUUAACCUUUGCAAGUUUGUAACUUCAUUAUAAAGCCUCAAAUGUUUUUGUCUCAGUUUGUGUUGCACAUUUUCGACAUUAUUUUCUCUUUCAACUUGAAUUCUUUUUAUGCAAGAGGGAGAAACUGUCUAGCUAGCCAUCUGUUGUACAUCGUGUAGCCUCCAAGAUGAGAGGAAUUCCUCAGCACCGCAGCCCUGCUCUACCUGCUCCUCCUCAGUUUAAGGAAAACAACGAUUCAGGAUAGACUUCUAACUUUUUGAUGUGUCUAAUACUUAAAUGGAAAACAUUUAUGCAAAAGGCACGAGCAAAUGUACUAGCAGUAGUGUAGCAUGAUUGGUUGAGUUUGAAGGUUCUACGGUAAUUUUUUUUUUUUUUUUGGUAAAUUUUUCAAUAAAAUUGAGGCAAAAAAAGAGUCUCUCAUAUCAGAGGACAUUUAGGUUUUUAAAGAAGAGAUUUUUGACAGAUUUGGAACAGGGUUGAAUUGUGAAUGUACUGAAGCCAUGAAUCACUUAAACAUGUGAAGAUCCAGUACUGAGGAAAGUGCUUGUGUGAUUAUAUAUAUAUUUUUUUUUUGCAAAGGAUGGGUGUGGAACUCAAAUGUGGUCAGCAACUGCGCAUUGAUUUUACUUUUGAUGAUUUUGUGCCUCGAACUCCUUCUGUAUGAUGCUGAAGCCCACAUCCUUCCAUUUAGGAGGGAAAUUUUAAUACGAAUCAUCUGUGAGGACAUAGCCAUGAGCAUCCACCACAUGUGGAUUUCAGAAGUGAGCAGGAAAGAGAAGGCACAAAUUUUUACACACAUUUCUUAUUUUCUUCUAUUUUCAAUCCUCAUUUAUUGCAAAAACACACACCAACCAAACCAAACUUGCAAAAGCUUGCCGUAACCAUAAAGGGAUCACUGAAGUUUGUUUCCAGCAUUCGGAUUGGACCUAAUCAUGGACUAUUUGUACAGUGGUUGAGAUUGGAAGUUUCUGCUACCUCAACAAUGCUAUUCUGUAUUUGCAGAAACAUCUCUUCCACAAAGACCUCAAGCAGUAGUAAUAAUGAUUUGCGGAUCUCUUCUCGAGUUCACAGAUACUCGAGAAGCCCUGGGUUUUUAUUUGCUUGGGAGAAUUUUGAAACCUCUGCUCAUGGUCAAGUAGUCCAUGCUUCUGAUGAAUCUGUUUAUGGUUGAGUUUUAUUCAACCUCCUAUUCAGAUCGUGAUGUUUGUCUUACCCCACGUAUAAUAAAUAGGCUAGCGAGUCUGUAUGUAAAAACAACAACAAAAAAAAGACAUGUAAAUCAAGUAUUUUGUGGUAUCUAUCUAAAAAUAAUUUUACACCAUGAAUGAGCAAAAUGGAGCAGAUAUUUCUAGACAAUUAAAUA